CGCUACAUGCGGCAGCCCAUUAAGCAGGAACUGAUCUGCAAGUGGCUCGAGGGCGAGGCGGGCGGCGGCACGCCACCCUGCUCCAAGACCUACAGCACCAUGCACGAGCUGGUCAACCACGUCACGGUGGAGCACGUCGGGGGGCCUGAGCAGAGCAGCCACGUGUGUCUCUGGGAGGAGUGUCCCCGCCAAGGGAAGCCCUUCAAGGCCAAGUACAAGCUCAUCAACCACAUCCGCGUGCACACGGGCGAGAAGCCUUUCCCCUGCCCCUUCCCCGGAUGCGGCAAGGUCUUCGCCCGGUCCGAGAACCUCAAGAUCCACAAGCGGACUCAUACAGGGGAGAAGCCUUUUAAAUGCGAGUUUGAUGGCUGCGACAGGAAGUUUGCCAAUAGCAGUGACAGAAAGAAACACUCCCAUGUCCACACCAGUGACAAGCCAUAUUUCUGCAAAGUCAGAGGCUGUGACAAGUCCUACACACACCCAAGCUCUUUGCGAAAACACAUGAAGAUCCAUUGCAAAUCCCCACCACCUUCUCCUACCCCAGGAUCUCACGGGUACCAGCCUGUGGGGACACCCCUGGGUGCUCCUCUGUCCCCACUUCAGGACUCAGGAAGGGGUCAGCCUGCCAACCUUUCUCCUCAGGUCACCAAUCUCAAUGAAUGGUACGUUUGCCAGGCCAGUGGGGCAGCCAACCACCUCCAUACCCCAUCCAGUAAUGCCACAUCUUCUGAGGAGGAAGAGGAGGAGGAAGAGACUUACAGGAACUCUGAGACAAGAACUAUUCAUUAG